CGGGACACUCAUUCGCUGCUGGGAAACCGAAUCGGACGUGUGUGUGCAGUUUUUCGCGUUUUCGCGAUUUUUUUCCCCCGAGAAGGAUUUUUUUGUGUGGGUCUUUUGGGGCAGUGUGCAAACAAGUUGUGACUGGAUUUUUCCUAGGAUAUUUUUUUCUCUGACCAUGUAAUCUGUCCUCUGGUCUGGAAGCUUCGCGGGCUGCAUUAUUCAUGAAUUCAAUUUGGGACCAGAAUUGGUCGUGACUUCAGUGUUAAACAAAGAACGGUGGAAAUCCUGGACUCGAUCCUGAAAAUUGUUAAUCGAUUUUGCAGCUUCGAAGAACAUCAAGCCAAAGGGUUAAACUCUAGAAGCAGUACAAACUAGUAAAAAUCAGUGACUAAAUUAUUGAACAUCUCGUUCAGUGAGUUAAGAGUCGUCUGCGACGCAAUAACAGAGGGGAAAUUCGUCGGAAAAGUGAAUCCUUUUGCACUUCAGUGCGGAAAAACAUUCGCCAGACGACGUCAAAGGGAGGCUGCGAUUAAGAAGAGAGAAAAAACAGGAAAAAGGACGAAUUCAUCCCUCAACCUGGUGGUGGUGAAAACAUCAAGGAUUAAGGAUGGCUCUGGAUUUCGCGGCCACGUACAAGGUCCUGGUGCUGGGGGAUUCGAAUGUUGGCAAGACCUGCAUCGUGCACCGGUACUGUGACGAGAGAUACUACGAUACAUACAUUUCUACCAUUGGUAUCGACUUCAAGCAGAAACUCAUCAACCUGGACGGAGUGCCGAUCAAGCUGCAGAUUUGGGACACUGCCGGCCAGGAGAGGUUCCGGACGUUGACUACUGCCUACUAUCGGGGAGCGAUGGGCAUCCUGCUGAUGUACGACGUCACAAAUCUGGAGUCGUUCAAUAAUCUGUCCUAUUGGCUGAGGAACAUCCAAGAGAACGCUUCACCGGAUGUGGUAAAGGUCCUAGCUGGCAACAAGUGUGAAUGUAAUCCACCUCAACGAGCUGUCGACAAGGAGCGGGGCGAUAAGAUUGCGGAAAACUUCGACAUGCCGUUCUUCGAGGUGUCCUGCAAGCAAAAUAUCAACAUUGAGGACGCGUUCCUAACCCUAGCACGUAAGAUUCGAGAACAACGAGAACAUCGGGGAGAAAACUUUGACGACGGCGAACGCCAGAAGGGCCUCCAGGACAUGAUCAAGAACGGACCGGGAUCGAACGGGCUGGGGCCGUUCACGUUAGGCAGCGGUGGCGAGGGUGGCCGAUGUUCCUGUUAAGCACGAGCGGAUCGCAAGGAGGCCAGAUGAAAAGACUCGAACUCUUUUAAACAUAAAUUGAUAUACGUUUCCGAGUUAGGUUUGGGGUUGCCGGGGGAUGAAUUUGAAAGGGGAUUUUUUAACAUUUUAGUUCGAUGCGUUCUUUUUUCCUCGAGAGGAAAGUGCACAAAACUACCGAACAGGUGAAAGAAAUGGCUAGCAGAUCGGAAUGAGAUAUUAUAAAAAAUACUCAUAUCAUAAUAAGUAGCGAAAAAUAUUAGUCCGAACUAUUGGUACUUUGUACAAUCGUAGUUGUAUUUGUUCUGUGUUCAUACAGUAUGCCAUAUUUGUUACGUCGAUCUCUAAAGCAUCUUGUAGGUUAUCCACUUUUAAGUUACAGUAAGUGUCUACACUACCGAAUCAAGUUAAUCUUAAAGUAGCGUAAUUUAACACUCAAAGUAAGGAAAUCACAAAACAAAACAUAAUAACUGUCUUUCAGCAGCCACGAUCGUUCACGUGCUAGUUGCUUAUUUCAGCAGAAACUAGCCUUGUUCAAAGCUGCUAAACAAACCAAAAACCCAUAGUUUUUUUUUUCUUGAAAUUAAAACUGUGCCUGUGCUUUCAUCCCGUACGGAUAAAAUUGACAAAGUGUUCGUGCUUUUGCUGGAUUGAUUCAUUUUUUAUUUAUUUUUGCUUUAAGAGUCAUCUCGAAUUCAUGUAAACGAUGUCAAUGUGAUACAGGAAGGGCAAAGCGUUUAAAAUGUUGAGUUAGGCAAUUGGUUUUAAAAUCUACAUGAACGCAUCAAAACAACCAAGUAUUUGUAACAGUUUCGAAUUUCAAACGAGAUUUUAAGGGCAAAUCAUCUACUAAUAAAAUUUACUUUAGAAGCAAAUAAAUCGAGUGGAAUUAUUGGACAGUUGCUAUACAUAAAAGUUCAGGUAAGGAAAUGAUGGCGGCGAAGAAAAAGAAAAAAAUAAACCUGUAGAAAGUGUAUGAAAAAAUAACGCGUAAAGAAUACAGUGCAAUUCAACUGAAUCAAGAUUAGGACGUCUAUGUUUAGCGAACGAAUAAUAUGAGCUGAAAGUGAAGAAAACUGCAAUUAAAUUGAUAGUUUCCUUUCAAAUAUUUGGAAAAAUAAACAUUGGAGUAUUAUGCCAAACCAAA